UUCAAAAUGUCGGCCAUUUGCACAGAAAUCACACCCCAAUGCCCCGUCGAAGCAACCACAUACGGCUACUAUCCCAACCUUGGCGGCAAUAUAUUUUUCACGGUUUAUUUCGGCCUGCUUGGAGUUAGUCAACUAGGCCUCGGGAUAUAUUUGCGAACAUGGACUUUCCUCGCAGCUCUCGGCAUCGGGACAUUCAUGGAAGCCGCCGGAUACGUGGGACGAAUCCUCAUGCACGACAAUCCAUGGUCAACAUCCGGGUUUCGACUACAGAUCUUCUGCCUCAUUCUGGCUCCAACCUUCAUUGCCGCGGGGAUAUAUCUUACUCUUAAGCACAUAAUCAUCCACAUUGGACCACAAUACUCACGCAUAAACCCAAAGCUUUUCACUUGGAUAUUCAUUGGGUCUGAUGUGGGAUCCAUCGUUCUGCAAGCAGCUGGUGGAGGCGUGGCCAAUGCAGCCGGGACCGACCAGGACAUGGUUAAUACUGGAAACAAUAUCAUUAUUGCUGGAAUUGCCUUCCAGGUUGCCACAAUGUGCGUUUGUGGAUUCCUAGCGUUGGACUUCUUCAUUUCAUCUAGGAAGCAUCUGCGCGAAGGGUUCCAAGGAGAAGCUGUGACUGAGAAGCCUCAACGAAAAAUGUGGUUGGUACUUGCUGCAGAGAUUGCCGCCUAUACCACAGUUCUCAUUCGGUGUAUUUAUCGUCUUCCUGAGAUGGCGGGUGGAUGGGGAAACAAGUUGAUGCAGAACGAAAUGGAGUUUUUAGUGCUUGAUGGAAUGAUGAUUGCUCUGGCCUGUCUGGUAUUUACAGUCGUCCACCCGGGAUUACAUCUCCCCACAAUGGGGACAGGACGGAUCCAUCGGUAAUUUCAAUGUGGUCCAUAGCUUGUUUUCUCUUUCUGUGUCCUUUUCUAUACAAAUUUGAGUAUUUUGUUUUAAUAGCGACUCUAG